CGCGCUGCGUGUAUCGCGUGCGACGGGCCCGGAGCGGCGGCUGUGGCGGGCGCCGAGGAUCCCGCGCCUUGGCUUCGCUCAUAGUAUGGCAACACGUACGGUGCGGUCAGCAGCGACAAGCCCUCGGUCCGCCCGGCGCCGUAACGUACCCCAUGGCGUGCGAACCGGGACGCGGAGCUGGCUGCCCCUGCGCUCCUCCGGCCCUGCUCGCUGUAGUUAGCUUGGGCGAGCGGCCGUAACUUUGCAAAGAACUGCCGAGCGUUGAACCCUCUCCUCACACGAGGAAAUCUUUUCCCCAUUUUACAAAUGAGGAUCUGAAGCAAACCGCCAUUAAAGGACUUGCCUGUAGUCGUGCAGGAAGUCCGGGGGAGAGCUGAGUUUGCUUCCUUUGCUACAGAAUUGCAGCUCUCUAGGAGUGCAAAUCAACUCUUUAAAGCAGAGAGGCUGUUCUUUGGAGUUUAUUGCACUCGAUUAGGGAUCGGUUCUCAGAAUCGAGGAGUUAGAAGUGAGAUUUGAGAUAAGUGAGGCCCAUUCGGUGCUGCUUUGGACGCCUCCGAAGGGGAAAUGGAGUUAUCAGGAUUGAAAAAGAAGAGUUUGCUAGGACUCAAAGAAAAUAAUAAAAAAUCCAACACUAGGGCUCCCUCACCAACCAAGCGCAAGGAUAGGUCUGAAGAGAAAUCAAAGGACCGGUCCAAGGAUAAAGCAGCCGCUAAGGAAUCGGGUGAAAAGGAUCGUGGUCGAGACAAGACACGCAAAAGACGCAGUGCUUCCAGUGGGAGCAGCAGUACCAGAUCCCGUUCCAGCUCAACUUCCAGUUCAGGGUCCAGUUCCAGCACUGGUUCUAGCAGUGGCUCUAGCUCCUCUUCUGCCUCAAGCCGCUCCGGGAGCUCCAGCACCUCACGCAGUUCCAGUUCCAGCAGCUCCUCUGGAUCUCCAAGUCCCUCUCGACGGAGACAUGACAACAGGAGACGCUCUCGCUCCAAGUCCAAGCCACCCAAGAGAGAUGAAAAGGAGCGGAAGAGGCGGAGCCCAUCACCCAGACCUACAAAAGUGCAUGUUGGAAGGCUCACUAGAAACGUGACCAAGGAUCACAUCAUGGAAAUUUUUUCCACUUAUGGAAAGAUUAAAAUGAUUGACAUGCCAGUUGACAGGCUAAAUCCACACCUCUCUAAAGGUUAUGCUUAUGUGGAGUUUGAGAACCCAGAUGAUGCUGAGAAAGCCCUGAAACACAUGGAUGGAGGCCAGAUCGAUGGUCAGGAGAUCACUGCCACAGCUGUGCUGGCACCACGACCUCGGCCGCCUCCCAGGCGCUUUAGCCCGCCCAGGAGGAUGCUGCCGCCACCACCAAUGUGGCGCAGGUCACCCCCUCGCAUGAGGAGAAGGUCCCGGUCUCCUAGGCGCAGAUCCCCUGUUCGCCGGCGAUCAAGAUCCAGAUCUCCUGGACGAAGGCGCCAUCGCAGCCGCUCCAGCUCAAACUCCUCGCGAUAAAGCAAAAAGACUGGACAGCUUUUUAUUUUUUAACUUAAAUCCCAUCAGACUAAAUAUUGUACCUUUUUUUUAUAAUGGGUUUGGGUGAGGAGGAGUGAGAGAGAGAGAGAGAUAAUCCUGGCAGUGAAGGCAACCUAGGAGGAGAGAGCAACAGUUCCUGGCCAGUAGACAGCCUUUGCUGUGGGGCUUCUAGUUUCCUGGCGUUGAAUUGAAAUUAUUUAAAAAUGGCUUUGAUUUUUAAAGGCUGCAAAAACGUCUUUUCCAGAUAAACAGAAGGAAAGAUGUUACAGCCUCUCUUUCUCCAGUUAGCAGGCUGCUGCUUGGUGAUUUCUAAAUGCUUAGCACGCUGUACAGACGAGCAUGUAAAUCUUGAGCUAUUUCAGAAACCCUGUAUAAUAAGACAGGAGGGCAUUUAACUUGAUCUCUAGGUGCCAGCACAGGAUUUUUCAGAGCAGAGUCCAGAUCUGCCUGAAACUUAAAUACCGAGUUGUCGCUUUAUUCCAAUUCCCAAACAGAUUAUUAGUUUCUGCAGAGUAAGCUCUUUCUGCAGAUUAAGCUCUUCUGUAACAGAUAAUACCAGGUGAUCACCACAGAAACAACGGUCCAGCCCACUGAACAUGAUACUUUAGAAAAGAAGCUGGAAAUCUUAACUGGUUUGUAGCUGCCCCCAUAAGUGAUUUCUUUCACCUUUUCUUGAAGGGUUUUGGUAAAAACUUCCUACGCAACCCCCCCCAGCGAAACGGUAUGAGUGCUUCUGCUUCUGCAAAUCACAGUUAGCGACUGAGUGUCAACCCCUGGAAACUGCAAGGCAGAGAGGGAGGCUCAAGGCCGCGAUGCUAUCUGGAUUAACUGGGGUUCACAUAGGGAACGGCAAAGAAUUUACCACCUGUUGUACAGUCAAUACUAUAAAGAUUUUUUGUUUUGUAUAACUUUGUAGCCUUUUGGGCCAUGUUGUGUUUGUACUUGUGUAGGACGAGCGACUAUUGAAUAAAGCAGUAGGGUUGAGAA